AGGCCCAGAAGUCACCAUGGCUGCUCCCAGAGACCUAGUGACCUCAGAAGUGACGGCCAGGAGUUUCCGGGUGUCGUGGACCCACUCCCCUGGCACGGUGGAGAAGUACCGGGUGGUGUUCUACCCUGCCAGCGGGGGCCAGCCCGAGGAGAAGGUGGUGCAGGGCACAGUGGACACAGUGGUACUCAACUACCUCCUCUCCCUGACUGAGUACCAGGUGGCCGUGUUCGCCAUCUACGCCAGAUCAGCUAGCGAGGCCCUCCGAGGCAGCACUACCACAUUGGCCCUACCCAUGGUGAACAACCUGGAGCUGUUUGACAUCACCCACAAUAGCAUGAGAGCCCGCUGGAGGGUCGCAGAGGGGGCUUCUGGCUACAUGAUCCUCUAUGCCCCACUGACCGAGGGAGACGCCGCCGACGAGAAGGAGGUGAAAGUGGCUGAGACUGUGAACGAAGUGGAACUGGAGAACCUGACUCCAGACACAGAGUACACAGUGACCGUGUACGCCAUGUACGGAGAGGAGGCCAGUGACCCUAUGACCAGUCAGGAGACCACGCUACCCCUGACCCCGGCGCGGAACCUCCGCUUCUCCGACGUCGACCACAGCUCGGCCAGGCUCACCUGGGAGGCCACGUCCAAGAAGGCCAACGGCUACCGCAUCAUGUACGUCAAGACAAACGGAGUGCAGACCAAUGAGAUGGAUGUUGGCCGCAUCACCACCCUGUUGCUGAGGAACCUGACGUCAUUGACAGAGUACACGGUGGCCAUCUUUGCUAUCUAUGACGAGGGCCAGGCAGAGCCCCUUACUGACAGCUUCACCACUAAGACAGUCCCAGAGCCUCUGAACCUAAAGACCAGUGAAGUCUCCACUGAGAGCUUCAGGGUCACCUGGGAACACUCAGCCCAAGACGUGGUCCUCUACAGACUCACCUGGACCCCAACCAGAGGAGGAGACACUAAAGAGAUGCUAGUGAAUGGUAACAGGAACAGCCACCUGCUGACUGGACUGAGGCCCAUCACUGAGUACGAAGUCUCUCUGAUUGCUGUCUUUAGAAACGAGGAGGAAAGCGACGCCGUGACCCUCACAGAGUCAACAGUGGCAAGAACAACGACUACCACAAAAGCUACUACAACCACGACUACCACACGAGCUACCACCACAGCAGUUGUGCAUCUGGGUGUGAGGAACCUCCUGCUUAGUGAUCACACCACCUUCAGCAUGGAGGUGUCCUGGGAGCUGCAGGACCGCAAUGUGCGUCAGUACCGCGUCGCCUAUGUCACCGCCAGGGGCGAUCGUGCCGAGGAGACGAAAAUGGUCCCCGGUGGUCAGAACAGCCUGCUGCUGCAGCCACUGCUGUCUGACACGGAGUACAAGGUGACGGUCACCCCAGUCUACACCGACGGAGACGGCCCCGGUGUCAGCCGCAUGGGACGCACCUUGCCGCUGUCUGCUCCUGGGAACCUGAGAGUGUCGGAGGAAUGGUACAACCGCUUCCGUAUCACCUGGGACACGCCCCCAUCCCCAACUAUGGGCUACAGGGUCGUCUACAAACCCAUCUCUGCUCCGGGACCUGCUCUGGAGACCUUUGUGGGCGAGGACGUGAACACCAUGCUGAUCCUGAACCUGAUGAGCGGUACAGAGUACGGCGUCAGGGUCAUCGCCUCCUACACCACCGGCUCCAGCGAGGCCCUCACUGGCAAGGCCAGGACAUUAUACCUGGGAGUGACCAAUCUGAACACCUACCAGGUGAGGAUGAACAGCAUGUGUGCCCAGUGGAGUGCCCACCGCCACGCCACUCUGUACCGUGUGGUCAUCGAGUCGCUGCUCAAUGGACAUAAACAGGAGGCAAGGCUGGGAGGAGGAGCCACCCGGCACUGCUUCAAUGACCUGACAGCUAACACGCAGUACAAAAUCAGUGUGUACGCCCAACUUCAGGACACAGAGGGACCUGCAAUCACCACCACAGAGAGAACCUUCCCUGUUCCCACCCCGGCACCCACCAGACCGCCCACUACCACCCCUCCUCCCACCAUACCCUCAACCAAGGAAGUUUGCAAGGCAGCCAAGGCAGACCUGGCGUUCCUAGUGGAUGGCUCCUGGAGCAUCGGGGAUGAAAGCUUCCUGAAAAUCAUCCGCUUCCUGUACAGCACCACAGGAGCCCUCGACACCAUUGGACCAGAUGGCACUCAGGUGGCCAUUGUCCAGUUUAGUGACGAUGCUAGAACCGAGUUCAAACUCAACUCCUACGACAACAAGGAGAGGCUACUAGAGGCCAUUAACCGCAUCUCCUACAAGGGAGGGAACACCAAGACAGGGCUAGCCAUCCGGCAUGUGAAAGACACCAUCUUCACGGUGGGGGGAGGGAUCCGGAGGGGCAUCCCCAAAGUAGUGGUGGUGUUGACUGACGGGCGCUCUCAGGACGAUGUCAACAAGGUCUCCAAAGAGAUGCAGAUGGAAGGGUACAUUGUCUUUGCCAUUGGUUUUGCGGAUGCGGACUACGGGGAGCUGGUGAGCAUCGCCAGCAAGCCCAGCGAGAGACACGUUUUCUUUGUGGACGAUUUAGACGCCUUCAAGAAAAUUGAGGAAAAGCUGGUCACCUUUGUUUGUGAGGCUGCCACUGCCACUUGUCCUUCGGUGGCGAUGAGUGGCAGUACCUUGCCAGGUUUCAGGAUGAUGGAGAUGUUUGGCCUGGUGGAGGGUCUGUAUGGACAUGUAUCAGGAGUGUCCAUGGAGCCUGGCACCUUCAACAGCUUCCCCUGCUUCCGCCUGCACAACAACUCCCUCCUCGCCCAGCCCACCAAGUUUAUCCACCCUGAGGGCUUGCCCUCUGAUUACACCAUCACCAUACUGUUCCGCCUACUGCCUGAAACCCCCAAAGAGCCCUUUGCAUUGUGGGAGAUCCUCAACAAGGACAACGAGCCCCUGGUGGGCGUCAUCCUGGACAACGGUGGCAAGACCCUCACCUUCUUCAACCACGACUACAAAGGACAGUUUCAGACUGUGACCUUCGAGGGACCUGAGAUCAAGAAGCUCUUCUACGGCAGUUUCCACAAGCUGCACCUGGCUAUUAGCAAGACCAACGCCAAAGCUGUCAUCGACUGUAAGCUGGUGGGGGAGAAGGCCAUCAACGCGGCGGGCAACAUCACCACAGAUGGCCUGGAGGUGCUGGGACGAAUGGUGCGCUCCCGGGGGAAGAAGGACAACUCUGCACCGUUUCAACUGCAGUCGUUUGACAUCGUCUGCAGCACGUCCUGGGCCAGCCGAGACAAGUGCUGUGAGCUUCCUGGUCUGAGGAAGGAGGAGGACUGUCCCGCCAUGCCCCGUGCCUGCACCUGCACACAGGACAGCAAAGGCCCCCCCGGCCCCACUGGACCCCCUGGAGGUCCUGGGAUCAGAGGAGGGAGAGGGGACCGUGGAGAACCAGGAGCUGUGGGGCCGAUAGGUCCAGUUGGGGACGCUGGUACUCCUGGGCUGCAGGGGCCUCCUGGCCCCCAGGGCCCCAGCGGCCGCACCAUCAUGGGCCCCCCGGGUGGUCCAGGAGAGAGAGGUGAGAAGGGUGCAGCUGGCGCUCCAGGAAUACAGGGCAUUCCUGGAUCUCCUGGGUCACCAGGUCGAGAGGGACAAACAGGAACACGGGGACUGCCUGGUAAAGAUGGACCCCAGGGGCGAACAGGACCUACAGGGACUAUGGGCACUCCAGGAGCUCCCGGCUCACCAGGGUCAAGUGGACCUCCAGGGUCACUGGGAGACCAAGGACCUCCUGGUUCCGCUGGAAACAAAGGAGAGAAGGGAGAAAGAGGUGACCUGCAAUCCCAGGCAUCGGUCCAAGCAAUCGCCCGGCAGGUCUGUGAGCAGCUGAUACAGAGUCACAUGGCUCGCUACAGCUCCAUCCUCAACCACAUCCCCAGUGCACCCGUUUCGGUCCGCACCAUUCCUGGACCCCCAGGAGAGCCCGGGCGGCAGGGCGGCCAAGGACCACAGGGAGAGCAGGGACCCGCGGGCAGACCAGGGUUCCCCGGGUCCAACGGAGAGAAUGGACAACCAGGAGCCAGAGGUUUGUCAGGAGAGAAGGGUGACAAGGGAAGCCCAGGUGUAGGAGUCCAGGGUCCCAGAGGCCCCGUAGGACCCCCAGGACCAACGGGUCAGGGGCGGACAGGUAGCCAGGGUCCAUCUGGUCGGCCGGGGAACCCUGGAACUCCUGGGCGGCCGGGUAUCCCUGGACCAGUGGGGUCGGCUGGACCUCCUGGAUACUGUGACCAGAACUCUUGCGUGGGCUACAACGUAGGAGGUAAUUAUGACACUCAUCCUCCCCUACCACUGUAAACACACCAAAACACCACAAGGCAACAUGAGAUUUUUAUAAUAUCAAAGUCCGAUACAUUAGAUCUAAUUGUUUAGCCAUAGUGAACUCCAUUGGCAUUCCCAUCAGCUUGUUGUGUAGAUAACCUUUACCUGAGAAUGCACUCUCUGAGAAUGGGUUUCCAUGUCUGUAUAUCUGACCUAUUGUAUCAUACCCUGCCAAUCAAUCACCAACUCAUUUAAUCCAAUAAAAGCUCUUUGAAAGGGAGACCUGAGCAAAGAGGUCUCAUUGGGUUAAAUCCGCCAGGGGGUUGACCCGAAUCACACCCUUAUCCACACUGUAUUUCAAGGUGAUGCUAAGACAACAUGACCUAUCUGACCUAUCUUGAAAAGGAAGUUAUCAGAAUCGCCUACACUAUAGUAUGACUAACUUAACAGUUAACCAAGUUUAGUUUGGUUGCCCAUACUGAAAUAUAUUUAAGCAAUUGGCAUUUGUUUUCUGAUUUACUUUAUGCAUAAUAGACUUUGAAUUCUAAUGUAUUGAGACCCACUUGAUUAACCUCAGGACUGAACCUCAUUAAAAUAAAUGAGUGGGAGCUCUUUAUUCUCUGUUUACGACAGCUCAGGAAAAUAAUGAGCCCAUUCUAUUAUCUGAUGGUUUACAGUAAGAUGGCCGUGAGCAUAUGGCUUAUUUAUGAAUCCAUUAGUUCCUGUUGCCUUUUAAGCCUUGAAAUACAAAAUGUAACCAAGAUGCAGAAUUCAGCUUGGAAACAAUGACUUACAAUGUGGUGAAUUCAUAUAAUGGUACCUGAGAAUAUUUUUUUCAAUGUUGCCAUCUCAGUAUCCCAGUAUUUUAGCUUGUGGAAUUGAAUUUAAACAAGCCUGCUUGGUUAAACGUCUAUAGACCCUACAGAUAUCUGUGAAUGCUUGUGACAUGUACAAUAUAGUUAUUCCGACAAAAUAUCUAUAAACUCUCAAAGUCUUAUCACGAUAAGUCAUGUUUCAGUAUUUGCAUGAACAGACCACACUAUUGCAUCAAGUUUGGUUACAUUGUUUCAAAAAGAAAAUUCUGCAUCUUUAAAGUCAUGUGAUCAUGAUUUAUUCAACAAUAGUUUGUCAUCUAAUACACAUGGUUAUUGUGAGUGUGGAUACAAUCUAUAGCGCCCGAACUGUAAAUGCAUGUGUGCAUGGACACCCAUCAAUGACGUCUUUCUCUAUCGGCCAUUUUCUCUGAGGAAAAGGCAUUACGGUGAGCACACUGUAUGGCUCGAAAGGCCUGCGGUGUUCUCCAUGCACUCCACAGUGUGAGUAAUACCAGCAUGGUGACUUUAUGAUUUUGUCUCAUCUGUCUGACCUGUGGUAUGUGUGUGUGUCUCCCUCUCU